AUGAAAGGUAGCGAAGUUCCAAUUUCGAGACUCUUAAAUGAAAAGUCUCCUAAUUACCCUAGACAAAUUGAGUCAAAUAACAACGCGCCGGAUGUUAUUUUUCCACGACAUAAUUUUUUCGCACGAGAGCCACCACAUACAGCAGUCAUUGAGCGCUAUCAAUCUCAACAAAUUUUGGAAAAUCGCACCAACUUGAAAACUAUCGAAGAAAAAAAUGCGUAUCGUCUCGAGCGUAAUCGCAUUGCAGCAAAACUCUCUCGUGAUCGCAAAAAAGUUUACAUCGAGCAAUUGGAAGGUCGUACGUCUAAACUUUCUGAAGAAAACGAUGCACUUCGGAAGACAAUCACGCGAUUGUCGAAUCGAUUGAAUCAGAUGACUGAUGAGAAUUGUAGGCUGAAAAUCUUUUUAAAGGAUUUACAGGCAAAAUUGGGGGAGCAAAACGAAAAUAAAUGA